UUCUAAAACCCUUCUUUCAAGUUGUAAAUCUUCGAAACCACACUCUCCUUUCCUGCCUACCACCAAACGCAGCCGCCUCACCUUUUUCUUCCCUCUCAUUUCUCAUUUGCUUAAACUCUCUCAAAAUCAAAACAAAACUCUGCAAAACCCAAACCAUUUCUCCCUCUACAUUUCUACCUCUCACUCGUACAAUCAAAAAUGGCGGCCAUAACCCAAAACUCAUUCCUCUCCUCCAAUCAUCUCCAACUCUUCAAACCCAACUCCAAAACCAAGCCCAUCAUUGCUCCCACCUCCGUCCGCAUGUCCCUUCAAGAAACAGCACCCUCCAUAGCCGUAGUAGGUGUCACAGGCGCUGUAGGCCAAGAGUUCCUCUCUGUUCUCUCUGACCGUGACUUCCCUUAUCGCUCCAUCAAAAUGCUCGCCUCUAAACGCUCUUCCGGUAAGCAAUACACCUUCCAAGGCCACGACUACACCGUCGAAGAGCUCACCGAGGAAAGCUUCAAUGGCGUUGAUAUAGCCCUCUUCAGUGCCGGAGGUUCCAUCAGCAAACAGUUCGGACCCGUCGCUGUGAACAAAGGGACUAUUGUGGUUGACAAUAGCUCGGCUUUUCGGAUGGAUGAGAAUGUGCCUUUGGUGAUUCCUGAGGUGAAUCCUGAUGCUAUGAAGGGGAUCAAAGUUGGGACGGGAAAGGGUGCUCUCAUUGCUAACCCGAAUUGCUCUACCAUCAUUUGCUUGAUGGCUGCCACGCCUCUUCAUCGUCGAGCUAAGGUACUACGCAUGGUUAUUAGUACUUACCAGGCUGCUAGUGGUGCUGGCGCUGCUGCAAUGGAAGAGCUUGAGCUUCAAACUCGUGAGGUCUUGGACGGUAAACCGCCAACUUGUCAAAUCUUCAAGCAACAGUAUGCUUUUAAUUUGUUCUCGCACAAUGCACCUGUUCUGGAAAAUGGGUACAAUGAAGAGGAAAUGAAAUUAAUAAAAGAGACAAGGAAAAUAUGGAAUGACAUGAAUGUUAAAGUGACUGCCACAUGUAUACGGGUGCCUGUCAUGCGUGCACAUGCUGAAAGUAUAAAUCUUCAAUUUGAGAACUCGCUUGAUGAGGACACGGCCAGGGAUAUUCUAAAGAAUGCUCCAGGUGUUGUGGUUAUUGAUGAUCGGGUAUCCAAUCACUUCCCUACUCCAUUGGAGGUGUCAAACAAAGAUGAUGUUGCGGUUGGUAGGAUCCGCUGUGACGUGUCCCAGGAGGGCAACAAUGGGUUGGACAUCUUUGUCUGUGGUGAUCAAAUACGCAAGGGAGCUGCGCUUAAUGCUGUUCAGAUUGCUGAGAUGUUGCUAUAGUCAGUUGGUUUCGGAAAUAUGAUUUGGUUUUAUGGAUUUAUCAGUAUGGUGAGAUAUGGCGCUUUUAAGUUAUUUACUAUCAUGUAACCUUCAUAUGCGGCUGUUGCCAUUGUAUUGAGUCUUUUAAAAAUUGAGCAGUUUUUGAGGCUUAGUAUGAACUACUAAGCCUCAGCCUCAGUACGUCACUGAAUGAUUACAGCUUAUAGUAUUUGCGGUAAAUCCUUCACCGGAAGAUUUUGUUAUAAUAACAUGUAGCUUAGAACUGAAGCUAUCUGGAAGCUUUUACUGCUGCUUCAGAUAAGUAGGUGACGAGUGUCAGUUUCCAACAAUCUAUCAAUUCUAGUUCUCCAUUUCUCUGAA